GUUAUUGGUGGAAAUUUGACCGGUCGUCCUCUGAACUGAGUUUCCAGUCGCCCUUCAGCAGUGAAACAGAGCUCCUCUCGGCUAAAACACACGCCAUCCUAGCGUUAAACCAUGGCAGGGGCAAUUGCACGGAAAGCUAUUGACCACCUGAAGAGCAAAGAGUUCAGGGAUUAUUUGACGAGCACGCAUUUCUGGGGCCCUGUAGCAAACUGGGGUCUUCCUAUUGCCGCCAUCACAGAUAUGAAGAAAAGCCCUGAGAUUAUCAGUGGCAGAAUGACCUUCGCUCUGUCCUGCUAUUCACUGCUCUUCAUGAGGUUUGCCUACAAGGUGCAGCCACGCAACUGGCUACUUUUUGCGUGCCAUUUGACCAAUGAGACGGCACAGCUAAUCCAGGGAAGUCGCCUCAUUAAGUUCAACAUGGAGAAGAAGAGUGGAUCUUAGUGACAGAAUGAAGCCGAUGGAGAUCGUUCACUGCAGAGUUGCACCAUGUUGCUACAACAGCCACCCAAACCUGGACAUCAAAACAUUUUAUCUAAUCAUUGAAACUGUGGCACCUACACCAUGAUAUAUCAACAUGAUUGAUCCUCCACACGAAGUUUUAGUAACUUUUUACUAGACAGACAGAAGAAAGCAGAUGCUUUCCUCCAAGAUUUAAGGUCAACUGAUUUUUUGCAACUUUCAACAUGACACACAAAAAUAUAAUGUACACUCAGCUAACCAGCCUGACAGUUACAUGCUUUGCUCACUGAAUCCAUCGGCCAUAAACACUUUCAAACUAGGCUAAAAUAAUCAUUAUUGGCCAGUCAUCUCAUUUCUGGUCAUCAGCAUUAACAUUUUUAUUACUUUCACACCUCCUUAGUAAUUGAAAUAUUCACGAUAUUCCAUAGAAAAGUUAGUCUGAGCAAAUAUGUCCCCACCAUGGUAGAUUAUCACUGUCCAAGAGUAUGGACUUCCAUUCAUUAACCUUUACUCAAACACAGAGAAAACACAGAGAGGUAAGCUUUUUAUUUGUUCUUCCGUGGAGCAAGACAUUAUGCUGUAUAUCAAAAAUGUAGUGUGUAUAAGGAUCUAAUUUGACAUAGUUUUAUUACAGUAUAAUAAGUAAUUGUUCAUUCAAAUGUUUAAAUCAUACAAAAUAAAUAUGUAUGUUUUUUUAUGUGGUGAAGCUGCCCACUGUAAAUCUUUAUAAUUAAAAUGGGUUAUAAUCCAGCAUAACUGGGCAAGGCAAGCUGCUUCCGUCAAUGCUGACCAAACAUGUAGCGUGUGUUGUUGUUAUGUGUCAUUCACAUUAAUUUAUUGUCAUUAUAUAAUUCACAUCAUUUUUCCUGAUUACAGAUUUGAUUCUCUGGGUUUGUUUAAAUAAACUGGCAAUAACCAACUUGAACACAA